GUGCCAGCUGCCAGGAUGAUCCAGAUGCUGCAGCUCCAGGGGGAAGUGACAUCAUCACCACGACCACAGGCAACAGCAAGGCACAAGUGACCACCCCUAUAAGCGGUGCAGGAGACACACCACCCGACCCUAAGUCACCUACCACGGUUCAAAUGACCACCACCACAGCCAAGCCAGAACCCCCUGCACCCUCUACCGCUUCACCCACCGCUCCUCAAGGCACCACCGCUGCAAACACCCUGAGAAUCACCCCAUCCACCCCUGCCUUGUCACCUACCACACUAAAAGGGGCCGCCACCACCAUCGCCAAACAGGAAAACCCAACACCUGCCCCCACCACGCCACCCCCCACCACUCGGCAGGCCAGCUCUGCAGCCAGCUCCGGAGCGACCACAGCCACCCCUGCCGGCCCUGCAGCCGGUUUGGGAAGCUUGGGGACCACCACUGCUGCAAACCUCGUCCUCACUCAUGGGAGCAGCCCUCCAGCCACCCCAGGAGGUUCAGGGGCUGCUGCCACACCCAGGCCGGACCCUCAGGGAAGCCAGCCUCCGGAUCAUUUGGCCAGUGCCACUGAGAGCACCGGAGUCCUGAGCAGCAGCUCUGCCCUUGGCCCCAAGGACCCUUUUUCCACACAUGUCACCAAGCAGCCUCAUUCUUCUUCCAGUUCUCCAGUCCAGGACCUCGCCUCUCCCACCAGGCCUGGAAGGACCAGCACUUCUGUUUCCCCUUUAAGUGGAUCUCUGCCCCUCCCCACCAGUAAAACAUCUCCGACUUCCCCACCCGGCAGCAUCCACAAGAGCCCAGAGGCAGCCACCACACUGACUCCUGGAGCAGAGGACUCAGACCAGAGAAGCCACGAUGCUGGACCUACGUCAGCCAAACCCACCAGUGCCUCCCGGGGCCCCGACAGUGCCCAGCCAUCCCCCCCAACCCCAGGGGACCAGACAGUGCCCAGCGAGCCUGGCCACCAGCACCUGAACACUUCUUUCCAAAAUGAGGUCAUCUGUAAAGAUGCAAAAGGUGUGCCUGCAGAGGUGCAAGACAACUGGGUCACUAUGUAUCUGAAAGAAGCCAAAACCUGUGCCGAGUGGAGGACGGCGAGCGCCAACAUCUCCUUCUUCGAGAGCCUGUGCUCGACGGGCCAGCACACGUUCAACGCCAGCAGGGAGAGCUGCACGGUGACACUGCUGUCCCCCAGGCCACAGUCCGAGCGCUGGGACGUGCAGGUGGUGCUGCACCUUCCUUUGCACCCCGAAAACAUCCUCAAGGAGCUGGAGAGGAAGGACAAGUUGGAGCAGCUGGGCAUCGGCAUCGCCAACACCACCAACGACAGAACGGAGAGGGAGGCGAUAAUCGACGAGUUCAGCACCCCCCUGAUCAUCACCAUCGUCACCCUGGCCGGCUCCCUGCUGCUCGUCGCCGCCAUCUACGGCUGCUGCCACCAGCGCUUCUCCCAGAAGAAGGACCAGCACAUCCACCCUGAUCUCCCCGGGUUUGAUGAUGGACAUGUGGCCCUGAUCUUUAAUCAGCGCCUGACCGAGGAGCUGCAGACCAUGGAGAACGGCUACCACGACAACCCCACGCUGGAGGUGAUGGAGACCUCCUCCGAAAUGCAGGAGAAGAAGGUGAACCUCAACGGGGAGCUGGGGGACAGCUGGAUCGUUCCUCUCGACACCCUCAUGAAGGAGGACCUGGAGGAGGAGGAGGACACGCAUUUAUAGGGUGCAGAACACGAUCAAGCAAAAAAAAAAAACGACCACCGCUCCCCCCCCAAAAAAAAAACCCCUUAAUCCUUCUACACAUGCACACACACAACUCCAAAAUAAGGCAAAAUCCCCCCCAAAAAAAACCCCAGAAAAUCCCUUAAUGAACGAAUCAUGGCCCCUUGUGCCACCACGUGGGUUGCAGGACGGAAGAGGAAGGGGCGUGAGAAGACACCUCUGGGGCACAUCAAGACAAGCAUCCUCCACCCCCCACCCACCUACCACACCAGAACUGAACAGCCAUGGGCAAAAACAGGGUGGCUUUGCCCCUGAAGAGCUGCUGGUGUCUCCUCCCCAUCCCACGUCCUCCAGCUACCGGGGGACUGAAGAGAAAUAAAACAAAUAGGAUGGGAGGGUGAGCAAAUCCAACAGCAAACCAGCACCUGGCAACUACAGCUC